AUGCGCGUAGCGUUUAUUCUGAUUGUCUAUUGUUCUUUGGUCUGUGGAGAUUGUAAUUUCCAUGCGGAUACACAUAUGCAACCAAUCCAAGAGACAAUGAAGAAAUGGAAAAUCUAUGGAACGGAAAUGACAGUAUCGAGCAAUGAAGUGACUUAUUCGAUUGGAAUUUGUAGAUCACCUAGCAAUGCGGCAAACGACACCGCUAUUGUUCAAAAAGGAGCGAAUUUUAGUUUUGUUAUUGGCCGGUUGGAUCCUGUCAAUCUUGUUUCAGGAGACGGUUGGAUACAAUUAACAUAUGAGAAAGGUGAUCCUUAUAACAAUAUAUGUGAUAAUGUGACUCGGCAAGCGUCGAUUAUGUUUAUAUGUGGAACGAACAUGACUACUAUUACAAUUCGUCAGCAGAAUACAUACGCUGAUAUACAUUGUAACUAUAUGUUUCAAUUACAAGUUCCUGAAAUGUGUCCACCUGUUGUUAUUGUCGAAGAAUCAAAGAAACUAAGUGGCGGUGCCAUUUUUCUUAUUAUAGUUUUCAGCAUUGCAGCUGCCUAUUUAAUCCUCGGUGGAAUUUAUAUGCACGUCAAACGUGGUGCUCGUGGUCUGGAUCGUAUUCCUCAUUUAAAUAUGUGGCGUACAUUCGGUGGUUUAGCAGCGGAUGGCUGUGAUUUUUGCUGUCGUUGUGAUCGGCCAUCGCCGCGUGCUGGUUACUUUCUCGACGAAUCAGGACCAGACUUUCGUGGUGAUGAUGACAUUCUUUCUCCAUAA